GUUAACAAAAUUUGCAAAGAAGGACAAAAACCCGACACGGACUCUUCCGGACGAAUGCAGGAAAAGUGUCGGUACCUUGUUGAGGGUGUUGACACCUUGCAGCUCGUGCUGCAUAUCUUUCAACUCAUGCUCGUCCUCUGCACCUCGUGUUCAAGUUCUGCACUUCAUGCUCGGCCUCUGCAGCUCGUGGCUGACCUUGGCACUCAUGCUCAACCCCUGCACUUUGUGCUCAACCUCUGCAGCUCAUGUUUGAGCUUGGCAGCUCGUUUGGAGCCCUGCAGUUCAUGCUUAACAGCUUGUGCUAUACAACUCCUCGCAGCUCAUGUUCUUGCAGUUCGCUUCUCAUGCUCCUGCAAUUCCCAGCUCGUGUUGCAGCAGGGACUUUACAGCUCGUUAUUGUCAAAUUUCCACGGGAUAAUAACUCCAAAUGGCUUGCUCGUUAUAGCUCGUUAUUCACAGCUUUAUUGGCAAAUUUUUCAAGCCUCUAAAUGGUUCGGUGAUGCUACGUGGGCGGUUGAAUGCCUCUGCUCUCAACUGAGCAUGAGAUAAGACUACUGGCUUCUCAGAGCAGCAUGUGUGUUCCCGGUAGUGGUUGAACUGUCAUCUUGAAGGGUGGUCUCCAGCACCUCCAGAGCUUCCAUCUCUAACACUACCAUCAGCGUUUUCUGUCAUUGGAACCAUAGUCUUUUGCUCCCUAACAGCUGAUUGGAGGGAUUUAUUUUGUUACUGACAAACUGCCUAGUCAAGACUUAUCCCUUGGAUUCUGCAAAAACAAAUUCAAAAUAGAGGGAGGUUAAGAUA